AUGGGAAUCGACGGAUUCGACGGCUCGUCGCGCAGGGCUGGCGGCGCCGUCGGCUUGUCCCUUCGCGAGCACGUCGAGGCGGAGGCUCGAAACAAGCCCCAAGAGUUAUUCGCGCGGUACAUGAGGGACCUGUACCGACGGAUCCUUCGUCUGAUAAACUCCCCCGACCUGCGGUACAGGCUCGGGGGCGUGUACGCCAUCGAUCAGCUCACCGACGCCAAACUCGGCGAAAACGUCGGUAAGAUUAACCGGUUCGCCACCUACCUUCGGGACGUCAUCACCCCGACGUGCGAACCCGCGCUCGCCGAGGCGGCGUCCAGGGCGCUCGGCCACCUCGUCUCCGUGGGCGGCGCGUUGACCGCGGACAUCGUCGACAUGGAGGUGAAGCGCUCCAUCGCGUGGCUUCGCGACCCCGAGAGGGCUCGUCGAUACGCCGCGGUGUUGAUCCUCCGUGAGCUCGCGAGGAACGCGCCGACGGUGUUCAACGUCCACGUCCCCGCGUUCAUAGACGCCAUCUGGCCCGCGCUGAGGGACCAAUCGCUGGCGAUACGCGAGGCGGCGGUGAGGGCGCUUCGGGAGUGUCUGGUGGUGAUCGAGAAGCGAGAGACUCGGUACAGGGUGCAGUGGUAUUACCGACUGUACGAGGAGACCCAGGGGGGUUUACUCGGGGCGGGUAAACCCGGGGGCGGCGGAGAUCGCGGAGGAGGAUCGGGUUUCGGCGCGCCGUCGGUGGAGCGGACGCACGGGUCCCUGUUGGCGUUCGGCGAGAUGCUGCGGCACACCGGCGAAUUUAUGCUGUCGCGGUACAAGGAAGUCGCCGAGACGGUGCUUCGUUUACACGAGAGCAAGGAGAGGAUCGUGCGACGGAGCGUGGUGGAGCUCGUCCCGCGGCUGGCGGCGUUCUCGCCCGCGAGGUUCGCCGAAUCGUACCUCUCCGCGUCCGCGGCUCUGUUGCUGGCGACGAUUCGAUCGCCCGACAUGCGCGACGCGGGUUUCAUGGCUGUCGGGGACCUCGCGGCGGCGCUCGCGAGCGACGACGCGUCCGACGCCAAAGCUUCCGAAAUUUCCGGAUCGAUCGACGAAGGAGGUUCGACCCACGGAGGCGCGGAGGGCGCCGUCAGGGUGGACCCCGGUCACGCGGAGGCUUUGCUGUGCGCGGGGGCGCUCGCGAGGUCGAUGGACGUGGCUUGGGAACCCCACGUUCGAACCCUGCUGCCCGCCAUGUUCGCCGGCGGGCUCAGCGCCCCGCUGGUGGACGCGCUGGAGGGCGUGUCCAACGCGUUACCCGCGCUCACCCCGGCGAUUCAGCGUAAGCUCAUCGAGGUCAUCUCCUCGGUGCUCUCGCCGGAGACGCAGAUCUUCGGCGUCUCGGUGGGCGGAUCGAAGGAUAAGGCGGUCGACGCGACGCGGCGAAAGGCGCACCGGGCUCGCGUGCAGCUGGCGCUGCGAACGCUGGGAACGUUUCCCUUUGGCGCGUCCGUGUUGCUCGGUUUCGUGCGAAGGAACGUGGUGGAGUAUCUCGACGACGACGACCCGGCGACGAGGCGCGAGGCGGCGCUCACCUGCUGCAGGCUGCUCGAAGUUCGGUCCGACCGGUUGGCGCAGAAGCAAGCCGGGAAUGGGAACGACGGGGUCGGAGGAGAGUUCAUCAUGUCGAGGCUUCUCGCCGUCGCCGUCUCGGACCUCGACGCGGGGGUGCGUAAAGCGGUGCUCGCGUCGUUUUGCCGGCCGUGCCCGUCCACGGACUCGCACUUGGGCCAAGCGGACGCGCUGCGCGCGCUCUUUGUCACGCUGAACGACGAAAAUCCGGAGGUUAGGCUCAUCGCGAUUCGGCUCGUCGGUCGUUUGGCUCCACGAAAUCCCGCGUACGCGUUGCCCGCUUUGCGCCGACACCUGCUGCAGCUCCUCGCCGAGCUGGAGCACUCCACCGAGUCGCACAUGAGGGAGGAAGGGGCGCGGAACAUGGCGGCGUUGGUGAGGUCGUGCGAGAGGUUGGUCACGCCCUACAUCUCCCCCAUACUCCGCGUGCUGAUGAACAAGCUUCGGAGGCCGGAGGAUGGAAAAGGGUCGGCCCGGGCCCCCGCGCACAUCGUCGGCGUCCGCGAGAAGGCUGCGGUACUCGGGACGAUCGGCGAGCUCGCGCAGGUUGGCGGCGAGGGCGUCGCCUCGUUCAUUCCGCAGCUGCUCGUGCUCAUCAUCGACGGCGUGCGCGUGGGCAGCACCAGGGACGUCGCCAUCGUGACCAUGGGCCAGCUCAUCGAGAGCACCGGCUUUGUCAUACGCCCGUUCAACGAGCACCCCGGGUUGUUGUCCUUGAUGCUUCGAGUGCUGGCGGAGGAGACGGGUCCGGUUCGAGCGGAGCUUCUGCGAACGCUUGGCGUGCUGGGAGCCCUCGACCCCCACGCGCACAGGGAAAACGAGGAACGGAUCCACGGCCAGGGUUUGCUGUCCAUGGAGGGGGUUCGCGGCGUCGGGCGAGCGGGGGAGACGAAAAAGCCGGAGGAGCUGCAGUCCAAGGCUAUCGACAAGACGGGAGCCUCCGUCGGGGGCGGGUUUCCGGGUCUGGACGGCGACGACCCGCUGCCUUCGACGAACUUGACGACGGCGUCGGAUAACUUUUACCCCACCGUCGCGCUCAACGCGCUGCUGAGGGUGCUGAGGGACCCGUCGAUGGCGUCGCACCAUCACAUGGUGGUGAGGUCGAUCAUGUACAUCUUCAAGGCGCUGGGGCUCAACUGCGUGCAGUACCUUCCCGCGGUGAUGCCCGUGGUGAUCAACGUGAUGAACACGUGCGAGGACGGUUUACGGGAGUUUAUGCUCGCGCAGCUCACCGCGCUCGUCGCCAUCAUCCGCGGCCACGUUCGCCGGUACCUCGACGACAUACUGCACAUCAUACACUCGUUCUGGGGUCCCAACCAGCUGCUGCGGCAGAUGCUUCGGUUGUGCGAGGAACUCGCCACCGCGCUGCACGACGAGUUCAGGAGGCACCUUCCCGAUCUCCUGCCGAGGAUGAUCGCCGUCCUGGCCGCCGCGGAACGGAGCGGCAAUUUCAGCGCAGUUCCCUCCGUGCUUCACGCCCUCGAGGCUUUCGGAAGCGCGGUGGACGAGCACCUGCACCUCAUGCUCCCCGCGCUGGUUCGACUGUUUCGGCCGGGCGUCGCGCCGGUGCCCACCGCCAUUCGCGCUCAGGUGCUCCGAUCGCUCACCGUCUUGCUGCCCCGCAUGCAACUCGCCGAUCACGCGUCGGCGGUUGUCCACCCGUUGGUCAGGGUCCUCGACGGCCCGGUGAAGGAGCUCAGGCGCGACGCGCUCGUCGCCCUGACGUCGCUGGCCAACUCGCUGGGCCAGGAUUUCCUCCUCUUCCUGCCGCUGGUCCGGCGAACGGUGAAGAAGCGGUCGAUGCGCGAUCCCGUCUUUGAGAGAAUCGUGGAGAGGCUCGAGGCGGAGCGCGUCGCGGGGGGUGCCAAAAACAGCGUCAACACAGCUAGCGGGGGGACCAAUCGUUUGGGACUGACCCCAAAUGCGACGACGUCCGGCGGGGGCGACCGAUCGUCCGCGGACUCCAAAAGCGACGUGGACAUCCGCGGUAACUCCCUCCACGGCGGGUACUCGCUCCGUCACCUCUCCCUCGCCGACCCCGCCGCGGGUUUGGUCGUGGACGAGUCGGCGCUUCGCAGGGCGUGGGAGUCGUCGCAGCGGUCGACGAAGGAGGACUGGCUCGAGUGGAUGCGCCACCUCUCCGUGGAGCUGCUGAAGCAAUCGCCGAGCCCCGCGCUGAGGGCGUGCAUCGACCUCGCGAUGGUCCAGCCGCACCUCGCGAGGGACUUGUUCUGCGCGUCUUUCGUGUCGUGCUGGAGCGAGUUGUCCGCGGUGCACAGGGACCAGCUCGUUCGAUCGCUCGAGGCUGCCUUUGGCUCGCCGACGAUUCCCCCGGAGAUUGUCACCACGCUCUUAAACCUCGCGGAGUUUUGCGAGCACGACGAGAAACCGCUGCCCGUGGAUAUUCGCACGUUGGGCAUGAUCGCCGAGCGGUGCAGGGCGUACGCCAAGGCGUUGCACUACAAGGAGACUGAAUUCGUCUCCAACCCCGCCGGAUGCGUCGAGGCGAUCAUCGCGAUCAACAACCAGCUCCAGCUCCCGGAGGCGGCGAUGGGGGUGUUGGUGUACGCGCAGGCGCACCUGAGGCUGGACAUAAAGGAGGGGUGGUACGAGAAGCUCGGGCGGUGGGACGAGGCGCUCGAGGCGCACGCGCGGAAAGCCGACGCGGCGGAGGCGACGCUGAGGGACGCGGGAGCGGCGCUCGAGGCUCGGAGGGAAGCCACGCUCGGGCAGAUGCGCUGCCUCGCCGCGCUCGCCGAGUGGGAGCAACUCGCGACGCUGUGCGCCAGGGAGUGGGAGCUGAGCGCUGGGGUCGGGGCGCCGGGCGCGGGUGGGGUUGGCGCGGGGGGUGACGCCGUGUUACGAGGGAGGAUGGCGCCGCUCGCGACGCAAGCCGCGUGGCACCUCGGCGAUUGGUGCACGUCCGUCGCGUUGCGGGAUUCGGCUCGAAACGCGAUGAACGUCGACGACGAAGCCGGCAGGGGAGCCAUAGGGCUCGCCACGGACGUUGACUUCUUUCGAGCCAUCCUCGCUGUGCACCGCGGGGACGUCGACGAGGCGAGGGAGCACAUCGCGUCGGCGAGGGACGCGCUGGGCGCGGAGCUCGCCGCUUUGGUGACGGAAUCGUACGACAGAAGCUACGGGGGCAUGAUCCGCGUGCAGCAGCUCACGGAGCUGGAGGAGGUGAUCGAGUACACCGAGCUGGGGCGGGUGGGAGUCGACGCGGGCCGAGUCGCGACGCGAAGGGAGACGAUGCGACGCAUGUGGCGCGAUCGCAUCUACGGCGUCCAGCGCAAGGUGGAGGUGUGGCAGGCGUUACUCGCGGUUCGAUCGCUCGUCCUCCCCGCCACGGAGGAGACGGGCACGUGGCUCAAGUUCGCCAGCCUCAACAGGAAGGCGGGGCGGACGCGGCAGGCGCAGCGGACGUUGCUCCGGCUGUUGGGGUAUGAUCCCGCGAGCAGGGCGCCUGGGCAGCCGGGAUACGGCGCGGGAAGCGGCAGGCCGGAGGUUAUGCUCGCGUACGUCAAGCACCAGUGGUCGCUGGGGAACAGGAGGGACGCGUUCGCGCGGUUGCAAUCCCUCGUGGGGGAGCUCGGGUCGUUUCUCCGGCUGGGCCAGUGGCGUUGGGCCAUCGCCGACGACAUGGACGACUCCACGUUGACGGACGUCCUCACGGCGUUCAGGACCGCCACGGACGCGUGCCACGGCUGGGCCAAGGCGUGGCACAACUGGGCGCUGUUCAACGCGGCGGCGAUGGAGCAUUACCAGAGGGUCGCGCCGGCACUGGCCAACAGGCACGUCGCGCCGGCCAUCUCCGGCUUUUUUCGGUCCAUCGCGCUCGGAGGCGUCGGGCAACAGAAGCGCAAGGGCGGCCCGCUCCAGGACAUCCUGAGGCUGCUGACGCUGUGGUUUAACCACGGCGCGGCGCCCGAGGUGGAGGUGGCGCUCAUGGAGGGUUUCGGUCACGUCUCCAUCGACACGUGGCUCGCGGUGAUCCCGCAGAUUGUCGCGAGGAUUCACAGCAACUCGUCGCCGGUGCGAUCGCUGAUUCACCAGCUGCUCGUGCGCGUGGGCAGGCAGCACCCGCAGGCGCUGCUGUAUCCGCUGCUCGUGGCGUGCAAAUCGCAGAGCGCCACGAGACGGUCCGCCGCGAUGGUGGUGCUGGAUAACCUGAGGCAGCACUCGCCGCUCCUUGUGGAGCAGGCGCAGGUUGUGUCCCUGGAGCUGAUACGCGUUGCAAUUCUGUGGCACGAGGCUUGGCACGAGGCGCUCGAGGAGGCGUCGCAGCUGUACUUUGGCGAACAAAACGUCGACGGCAUGCUCCGCGUGCUGGCGCCGCUGCACCACAUCAUCGAGCGCUUGGGCGCGGAGACGAUGCACGAGGUUUCCUUCGUGCAAGCCUACGGCCGAGAGCUCAGCGAGGCGCACGACUGGUGCCAAAAGUACAAAGAAACCGGCCGCGAGGAGGAGCUCAACCAGGCGUGGGAUCUUUACUACCACGUCUUCAAACGGAUCAACAAGCAGCUCCCAACCUUGACGACGCUGGAGCUGCAGUACGUCUCCCCGCGGUUGCUCGCCGCCAGGGAGCUGGAGCUGUGCGUCCCGGGAAACUACAUGCCCGGCGUUCCCGGCGGCUCCGUGACAAUCGCCGCUUUCGCGCCCACCAUGCACGUCAUCACCAGCAAGCAGCGCCCCAGGCGUCUGCAGAUCCACGGCAGCGACGGUAAGGACUACGGGUACCUGCUCAAGGGCCACGAGGACUUGCGACAGGACGAGCGCGUCAUGCAGCUCUUCGGGCUGGUGAACAUGCUCCUAAACUCCACUCCGAGCACGGCGACGCGCGAUCUCGGCAUCGCGCGAUACGCGGUGGUACCGCUGUCGCCCAACUCGGGCCUCAUCGGCUGGGUCCCCAACUGCGACACCCUCCACGCGCUCAUUCGCGAGCACAGGGACGCGCACAAGGUUCCGCUCAACCUGGAGCACAGGCUGAUGCUCGCGAUGGCGCCGGAUUACGACCACCUGCCGCUGGUCAACAAGGUCGAGGUGUUCGAGCACGCGCUCGAGAACACCCCGGGUAACGACCUCGCGAGGGUCCUGUGGCUCAAGUCCCGGUCCUCCGAGACGUGGCUGGACAGGCGAACCACGUACACGCGUUCGCUGGCGGUGAUGUCCAUGGUGGGAUACCUCCUGGGUUUGGGAGACAGGCACCCGAGCAACCUCAUGUUGGACCGGUACAGCGGCAAGAUUUUGCACAUCGACUUUGGCGACUGCUUCGAGGCUUCGAUGCACAGGGAAAAGUUCCCCGAGCGAGUGCCGUUUCGGCUCACCAGGAUGCUCGUCCGCGCGAUGGAGGUGAGCGGCAUCGAGGGCAACUUUCGUAGCACGUGCGAGGGCGUCAUGUCCGUCUUACGGUCCAACAAAGACAGCGUCAUGGCGAUGCUCGAGGCGUUCGUGCACGACCCGCUCAUCAACUGGCGUCUGCUGAACCAGACUGCGCCUGGCGAGACGGCCAACGCGCAGCCCGGGGGCGCGACUCCGGGUCCGAACGGGUCGGGGAGCGGGCACUCGGCGGCGGGCUCGGGGAGCGAGUCGGGGCUUAACGGUUCAGGGCAACACGACGGCACAGCCGGCGGCCCAGGCCAAAACGCGCGAGCGCCGACGCCUCCCCCGAUGCCGCCGCUCGCCGAGGGCGAGGAGGGAUCGAACGCGCGUUCGUUGAAUAAUGCGGGUUCCGAAUCGGGCGGCCUCAACGUCGACGCCAACGAGGUGCUCAACGACCGCGCGGUGAGCGUGAUGCGUCGGAUGUCGCACAAACUCACGGGGCGGGACGGAUCCGCAUCCUCCGCCGCCGCGGGCGCGCCCGGCGGGCACCUCGCGGGUCACUCGCCGGGGCCGGGCGGUCGGUCGCAACACGAGGACGUGGAGAACUCCACGCCGGACGGGAUCGAGGCGCAGGUCCAGCGGUUGAUCGUCGGCGCGACGAGCCACGAGAACCUGUGCCAGUCGUACAUCGGCUGGUGCCCGUUUUGGUAA